UUUAAAAAGCCAUUGAAAUGCAUGGCAAGGUUAGGAAAAGGACAUUUCAGAACAGAAUCACGGUGUAUCAAGAAAGCAGGACAAAUAAGUUAGGUGUAGUAAAGGCUCAAAUACAAACAUGGGAAAAAACUUUGGAGAGAAGUUAUAGAUGUGAACUGCUAAAGCUUCAAUGCAACAGUGCGGGGGACACAGUCUCAGAAAAUAACUAAUUAAAUCUGAAGAAGCAGUUACUCCCUUCAUAUCAAUAAAAUGCUUAGAAAAACACCUGACUGAAUAUUUAAUUAUUCAAGUAUGACUCUUGACAUCAUCAGGAAGGAGAGUCUGGGAUGGGAUGCCUAUGAAAAUUGCAGAGACCCUGAGUAUAAAUCAGAAGGACACUUUUUCAAGAGUGAGGUUUCUGCCAGCAGCUCUUCAAACAAGAUGGAGAAAAUCUCCAAAGCUAUCUCCCAUUCUUCAAAGAAUUCGGGAAAAAGACAAGUCGGAUCUUCCACUGGGGAGAAAGACGUUCACAUCAAGGGCAUUCGAAGCAGCAGGAGCAGAAAUAAGUCCAAGUCCACCCUUGUGAGAACCAGUGCAAGGAAAGACUCAAGGAACAAGACAGCGAGAAAUGGGACAACACAGUCAGAUUGCUGCCGCGGUGCUGACGACAAGGUAACAGGCUGCACCAUCGUGGACGUGGACAAUGUGCUGAGCUCUGAAGAGAGUGAAGAGGGGCCCGUUGCCCUGAUAGAAAUGGAAGCACCAGACGAAGGUAUGAAGAAUGGAAGUCCAGGGAUCUGUGAGUGUAUUCUCACAUUCUUCUGUUUGCUGCUAAUUCUUCUCCUCUUCCCAGUCUCUGUCUGGUUCUGUAUUAAGAUAGUACAGGAGCAUGAACGUGCUGUGACAUUCAGACUGGGACGACUACUGCCAGGGAGAGCCAAAGGGCCAGGUCUCUUCUUUCUUGUGCCUUGUCUGGACACUUAUCACAAAGUGGAUAUGCGUAUUAAAACAUUGGGGAUUCCAUUUCAUGAAGUGAUAUCCAAGGACAUGGUGGCUGCUGAAGUGAAUGCGUUCUGCUAUUAUCGGGUGGAAAAUGCCUCCCUCUCGUUAACAAGUGUCGCCAAUUCCCCUGACUCAUUAUCAUUGCUAGUUCAGACUUUUAUUAAACGAAGCUUAGCACAUCGGAAAUUCAAUGAAAUUCUUCAGGAAAGAAAGAGCAUUGGUGAUGAAAUCAAGGUUGCCCUUGAUGCGAUAACAUGGAAAUGGGGAAUCAAGGUGGAACAUGCUGAAAUUAAAGAUGUCCAUCUUCCUGCAGAACUUCAGCACUCGAUAGCAGUGGAAGCAGAGGCACACAGAAAAGCAAAGGCCAAGGUGAUCGCAGCUGAAGCUGAGAAGGAUGCUUCAGAAGCCCUAAAAACUGCAGCAGACGUUCUCUCUGGAUCUUCUGCCGCCAUCCAGCUACGUUAUCUCCACACACUGCACACACUCUCUGCUGAGAAAACUUCCACUGUCAUCUUACCUCUGCCUUUUGACAUUCUUAAUACUACAUCAGCCAUUGCCCAGAAAUCUUUAGAGACCAAUGCAGCAACUCAAACAACAAGAACAGCACAGACUUCACAGCAGAAACCUAAGCCUGACUCUCCAAUGUUAUAAGUGAUGGAAAGACUUAAUUCUAGCUGACAAGAUCUAUCUGUUAUUUCUUUUUACUAGAUGCAUGGACAACUUUGCCAUUAGUGAGUUUUGGUAAUAAAAUUAAUGCAUUAAUAUUUUAAUGAAUGAAUUGUCCAGUACUUAAUGAAGUUACAAAAAUCAUCAGUUCUGAGAGAAGACAGGUAAUUUUUAAAAAACUCUGUAUACGACAGGAUAAGAACAAGCAGAUCUUUCAUAGUGGAAUGUGUUCAUUGGGAUAUCUGGUAUAUUUGUAUCAGUGUACUUGUCUUUGUUACUCUAAAUGCUAAAUGAUACAAUACAAAUUUGCCAACAGAGAACCUGGCCUGAAAGUAAAUGUUACUUUAGUCCUGACGAAGGGUCUUGGCCUGAAACGUCGACUGCACCUCUUCCUACAGAUGCUGCCUGGCCUGCUGCGUUCACCAGCAACUUUGAUGUGUGUUGUUACUUUACGAACUUGUUUCCAAAAUCUAUAAUUUUAAAAAGAAACAAACAUGCUUCCUGGUCCUUUGCAAGACAAAAUCUGUAAUAUGUCAUAAAGUUUCAUCUUCCUUUAUUAGCAAUGGACUUCAAUCGACUUAUCUAAAGAAAAUACAGUGCAGGAACAGGCCUUUCAGCGUAAGAUGUCUGUGAGGACCAUGAAGCCAACCCAAACUAAUCCCAUCUGCCUGCAUAUGGUCCAUGUCACUCCACCCUUGCCUGUUCAUAUACUGUCCGAAUGCUUCUUAAACUUUGAUAAUAUAUCUGCUUCUCUGCCACUUCCCCUGACAGUGCAUUAGAUGCUGUGUAAAAUAAACAUACAUGCCUCAUAAAUCUCCUUUAAACUAUUCCCUUCUUACCUUAAAGCAAUGCCCUCUAAUAUUUGACAUUUCCACGCUUGGGAAAAAAGACUCUGACUAUCUAACCUAUCUGUGCCUCUCACAAUUUAUCAGGUCAUUUCUCAGCCUUCAAUGCGCCACAGAAAACGCAAGUUUCUCCAGCUCUCUUUAUGGAGAACAAAAAAGGUAUAUAAAAUUCUACCUGCAUCCGGCUUUGAGGGUACGUUGGUGAUGCCUAAAUAGACUUAAGUGCAUCAAAGCAGCCUUUGGUUGAUAGAGGAAAAAGCAUGAAUGAAUUGGAAAUCAGAGAUCUGGCACACACCUCACAGUCUACUAGGCAGCAAUAGUCUCUGCCCUCUGAUAUACACACAUUGAGACAUGGACUACCUGCUGCAGGCACCUGAUACCACCAAUCUUCAAAUUCUGCAUGAAGGAUGAACAGUCCAGGGUCAAUGUCCUCUAUCAGGCCAACAUCCUCAGUGGUUACAUUCCAUCGGUUCAGUUGGGCAGGCCACAUAAUUUGUAUGCCAAACGCCAUACUCCCAGAGCAGACACUCUACUCUGGAAAACAUUAUCAAGCAGUGAUAAUGAAAACUUAAAAUUACCAGAACAAGUCAUAUUGUCCCUCACCUUGUUGCAUAACUCAUGAGAAUUGGUCUGUGAGGUUCUUUAAAUGGUCCAGAAUUACUGCAAUGCACUUUCUUGGAAACCAUUGAAUUAUGAAAGUGAUGUUUUUUCCAUAUUGUUUUACUUACUUCUUCCCUUACAUAAUGUUAUUUCAGGUGUCUAAUCAGUUGCAUCAGUUCAUAUAGCUUAUAGUUGUACUCCUGUGUAAUUCAAUGGUGCUAAAUGAGUGGUGUUUCUUGAAUGAUAUUUAUAAUUGGACCCAAAUGUUUGUUUGAUAUUUUCCAUUCUGCACAUGAAAAUAAAUUAACAUACCUACACAUAAAAUAUUGAUGAUCACAAAUGACAGACUGCAUGCAAAAUUCUGUUCCCUGUGAACAUGGGGCAGGAUUUAGUAAUACUGAGACUGCCUUAGUUCUACUGAGGCAUUGGCUCUUCCACACCCAUUCAAUUUUUCCACCAAAAGGUGGGGCAGAGCAAUUGCACCCAACCAGAAAUUCACUCCAGAAGGUUAAAAAGUUGAGGCACUUAUGCUCAAGCUCAAAGACGUUGCUUUAUUUAUAAUUAGGAGUAUUUGUCUAAAUUGCUUUAUGGGGCAUUUACUUGCAAUGUUUUUGCAGCUUAAGACUAAUUUGAAAUAGAAGCCUACUUAAAGUAUGAUUUCAAUUCUACUUCAAAACAACAUUGCUGACUGCAAUUUGAAACACAUUUGGCAUUAAUGGAAAUAAAUGUACUUAACACAGAAUUUGAAAAGACUGGUUUAUCAUAUGGAAA